AUAAAGGUGUUGUCGUUGCGGAGAGCUUCUAUUGAUAACUAACUCAAAAAUGUUUGAAAAAAAAAACUAAAAAGUCAAUGUGUUCUGUGUUUAGAACUACUCGCGCCAAUUUUGUCAUGAAUGAAUUGUGCGAAUGUCCAAAAUUGGACUUUAUUCAGUCGAUUUGUGGGCCACUUGUAUUUGGAUUGUUUUCAUUUUCGAAAAUAAAAUGAGGCUCCCAUAAAUCAUAAUAUUGUAAGCGUGGGAACAGAUUUUGCGAGUAAAAUGCUGGCAACAAGCAUUUUUUUCAGCGUACUUUUGGAUUUGAUUCCGACAAUAACACUUACAUGCAAGUAGAAAUAGUGUACUACAAUAGUGUAAAUUUUGGUCGAUAUUUUUGUCCAAACGUUCAAAAAGUUAGGUUGUAUAGUGUAAAAUGAUCAAUUUUAUGAAGCUCUAUGCUCUCACUUAAUAUGAAUCAGAAAAAAAUGAGGCAAAAUAAAUGGAACCAUUCUUUGAUUCCGCUUUCGUUGUCCGUUGACACAUUCUAUAGCAAUACAUUAUUUCGUCCAUCGUCGGUUUGUUUUGUUUGCGGUUAGUUUACUGCGUCAGAGUGGCCACUGGCCAUUGAUGUGAUGAUUAUCAAGUUAAAUGACUCAAUGUAUACCUACAAUUGAAUUUAUACUUGCGACACAAAGAUUAACGAUAUUACGGUGAUGUCAGCCGCUAUUUGAUCUUUGUAAUCUAAAGUGACUGAUUGCAGUUAAUAAUGGUCUUCAAGCUCAUCACCACAUUCAGUAGUUCAAUUGGUUUGACGACGAUAAGCCAUUCGCCAAUUUGAGCUUGAUAUUCGUUUUAUAAACGGAAGACUACUCCGAAUAAAGAACAAGCCAAACGAAAUAUAUAGACCAAAGGUUCGAUCACAAAAAGAAUCAAGUUCAUUAUUUUCAUUUCAUUGCAAACAUUUGUACGUAGUGUUCUUCUUUAGAACGUUUUUUUUUUUACUCCCGCCUAAUUCGUAAGUGCAUGAUAAAAAUAUAUCGAAGUUGAAAUCCCUGCGCAUUUCAUCAGAAGUGAAUUUAAUACAACUAUGCGCUGUGAUUUUUAUCUGGAUCAAGUAAAACAGUAUUUCGAAUAGUUUCAUUUGAAAAGUGAGUCUAAUCUAUGCAAAGGAAAAAAUGAAUGGUUGUGGAACAUCAUACUUUUCCUGGCAUCCGCAAUGGAUGCAGAAAUUCGCAAAAACGCGAUGGUUCAUUGUGGUGUAUGCACUUCUGGGGACAAUCCAAUCGGCCAGUAGCACGUACUUUGUUAUCACAUUGACUACCAUUGAAAGGCGAUUUCGAAUUCCAAGUCAAACAACAGGGAUCAUUCUGAGCGGAAAUGAGAUAUCGCAAAUUUUAUUAUCAUUGAUUUUAACAUACUUUGGCGGCCAGAAAAAUAGUCCAAAGUGGAUGUCUUGGGGUAUCAUAUGCAGCGCACUAUCAUGCUUUAUAUUGGCUUCGCCACAUUUCAUUUAUGGCGCCGGCGAAGAAGCACUUCAAUACACCGAACAAAACUACUUGUUAUCAAAUCAGAAUGUAUCGUCGGAAAUAGUAUCGCAGCCAGUGAAUCCAAAAAAUAAUAAACUAUGUCAUAACUCGGGCAAAACUGGCGAAGAUUCAGAUUGUGAUGAAGAGUUUUCGUAUGUGCCAUUGAUUUUGAUAUUUCUAUCACAAUUUGUGCUCGGCAUUGGAAAUACGUUGUAUUAUUCACUCGGACCAGCCUACAUUGAUAACAAUACAAAGCAACACAAUUCUCCGUUGAUGUUAUCUUAUGCUUAUUCCAUGCGUAUUUUUGGGCCAGUAAUUGGCUAUUGCUUCGCUUAUGUGAUAUUGCGAGUUUACAUUGAUCCCACGUUGACGCCACUCAUUUCAAAAGAUGAUCCUCGUUGGAUGGGCGCCUGGUGGCUUGGAUGGAUCAUGGUCGGAUGUUCGAUGUUUGUAUUUGCUUUAUUGAUCGGAUUGUUUCCAAAAAGUUUCAAAAAGGAAGAGAAUCAAGGAAAACCGGGAGCAGACAGCGAAAAAUGUGAUAAAAAUGGUAAAACUGAAGAAAAAAUCGAAGUGAAAGAAAACGGCGAAUUGAAAGAGUUUCCAAAGGCAAUAUGGCGACUCAUUACAAAUAAGCUGUUGAUGUUGAACAGUUUUUCCUCCGUGUUUUAUAUUCUCAGUUUUUCCGGACCAGUGACGUUCAUGGGACGACAAAUGGAGGUUCAGUUCAAUAAAACAUCCGCUGGUGGAUCAAUUUUUACUGGCCCAUUAACUAUGGUUGGUAUGGCGAUUGGAAUAUUAUUAUCUGGUUUUAUUAUGACAAAAUACAGACCACGAUCAAGCUACGUGUUCUUUUGGAGUCUUAUUGUUGGAUUAAUUUCCAUGUUUGGCACACUUUCAUACACGCAAUUGGGCUGUGGAAGCAACGACUCAUUGCUAGUUGAUGGAUCGAUUAUUUCGUGUAACUCAAACUGUGUUUGUGAUGAUAUUUCGUACAGCCCAGUGUGCGAUCGUUCAAUGAGCAGAACGUUCUAUUCGGCUUGUCAUGCCGGCUGUAAGACUUACAACGAAAAACAAAACAUUUACUCAGACUGUGCAUGUGAUGUCAAAUCGUCCAUGAGCAAAUUCGAAGUGGUGCACAACAUUUCAUCCGGAGCGUGCGUUGGGGAUUGCUCUUUUGAUUACUAUGCAUAUUCAUUUAUCUCCAUGGCGUCAAGCUUUCUCUGUAUCACGGGCUUAAUGUCAAGUGUUUUACUGAAUUUCCGGGCGGUCGAACCAAGAGAUAAAGCUUUUGCGCAGGGUUUUGCUUUAUUUACUGCCAGUUUAUUCGGAUUGAUUCCCGGUCCAAUCAUCUUUGGCCGUAUUAUUGACAGCACCUGUUUAAUAUGGAAUGAAAAGUGUGGUCGACAAGGGAAUUGUCUUCUCUAUGAUCCAAUCAAAUUUCGAUACUACAUGCAUGCUAGUUCGGCAUUUUUCGUACUAAUUGGCGUUGGAUUUGAUUUCUUGAUUUGGUGCUAUGCCAAAAACCUCGAUUUAUAUGGUGAAGAAAAACCGAAACCCAUCAAAAAUGACAAAGACAAUUCACCCGAAACUCAACCACUUAACACGGAGUAAGCGGUGAACUAUAGUAAAAAAAUAAUCUUAAGAUGUGCGUGUAUUUUCAAAUCAAUAAAUGGGCAAAUGUGCAGAAAAUGUGUUGCUAUCCUUA